CAUCAUUGAACCUUGCGCACCUUCAUCACCCCAGCAAAGACCGAAGAGCGCUCCAACAUGCAAGACCCCGUUCGCGAGAUUUCUUCCGUCGUCAAGGGGCUCGUUCAGGCCCGCAACGCGACGGAGCAGCGCGACACACUCGAACGUCAUUUCGCGCCCGACGCCAGCUUUGACCAUCCUCUCUGCACCGUUGUCAGCGGUCCCAACUCUCGCGACGCGGGUCUGCUGCCCAUCUACCAGUGGUUGAGAUGCAUGUUCACGCCUCAGAUCGAGGUUCACAACGUUGGCUUCGACAAAGAAGCCAAUAAACUCUUCCUUGACGCCUCGCAAAAGCUCACGCCAAACAUCUUUCCCCUAUCCCGAGUGUAUGCGCCCGUGGUACGGCUCAUCGUCGUCCUCUUCCUUCAGCGUGGCGCCGAUGGCAAGUUCUACAUCAAGCGUCAGGAAGACUACUAUGAACCCCAAACCCUCCCCGGCAAGCUUGUUCCGGGCGGCGAGCUUAUCGUGACGAGCAUCAAACGAAUUGCAGCGUUCAACUGCAUGCUUCUCACCAUCUUCUUUGGUCUUAUUCUGGGCUUCUGGCGCCCUGUGGGCAGGGGAGUCGCCCCAAUCAAGAACUAGAAGAUCGACCGCCCUCGCAGGAGCCUGUCCUUCUUUAUCUCUCGGAUGGAGUCAUGGAGAAAAAUGUCAUUAUAACUCUACAAGUGAGGAUGUGGUGGCUGAGGAAAAACUGGU